CCGACUCAAACGUUAGCGCUAUUAGCCUGCUGGAAAUCUGCCUGUCUUGGCAUUAUAGGGGCCUUGUUGUAUUUUGUCAGGCAACCCGACUUUAAUACAGAGUCACUUAGUCUUCAUAAAAGGGGUCAAUAAAGGUGCAGGAUGUACAGCUUCAUGGGCGGAGGGCUGUUCUGUGCAGGCGUGGGGAACAUCCUCCUGAUUGUUUCCACGGCAACCGAUUAUUGGAUUCAGUACCGGCACUCCAACAACUACAUGCAUCAGGGCCUGUGGCGGUACUGCAUGCCGGGGAAAUGCUUCACACACAACGACAGUAUUGCCCACUUGGACGCCACCCGAGCACUCAUGAUCCUCUCCCUCUUGGCCUGUUUCAUUGGCAUCAUCAUUGGCAUCAUGGCCUUCAUCCACUACUCGUCCUUCGACAGGUUUGACAAAACCUUUGCUGCAGGCAUAUUGUUCUUCAUCUCAUGCUUUUUCGUGUUGCUAGCAAUGGCAGUGUACACUGGUGUGACGAUUAAUUACUAUGGUAAACGCUAUGGCAACUGGAGGUUCUCCUGGUCCUACAUCAUCGGCUGGGUGUCAGUGGUGCUAACCUUCUUUUCAGGUAUAUUCUAUAUGUGUGCCUAUCGGAUGCACGAAUGCCCCAGGAACUCAAACUAUCACUAGAAGACUUCAGAAAUGAUCAUCAAUAUCUUAUGAUAUUGAGAGCCACUGACUUGUGGCUGUUCCCUGAAUUUGAAAGUCAAGAUGGAUCAACCCACUAUUUACUUUUGGAACAUGGAUUACAUAAUUUUAAAUGAUAUGAAUAAAGGACGUUGGGGGUAAACCUGUCUCCUUUUCAAUUAUUAAAUGCUUGUUCUUUUA